GAGGGAAGGUCCAAGUAAAUGUAAGGCACGAGUUGCAUUUUCCCGGGACAACUGACAGCUAUCAGCCGCCAUAAUGCCAGAGGGUCCAACUGUAAAGAAAUGGGCGACCAUGGCGGGACAGUUCUUGGGAAGGAAGGUUCUGAGGACGGGAGGAAACACCAAGAGAGUUGACCUGCAGAUUCUGCAGGGUUUGUAUUUCAGUGAUAUCCAGGUUCAUGGCAAGGAGAUGUUCAUGAAGUUUGCAUCAGAUUCAUCUGAACAGUCGUCCGUCCAAGUUUGGCUGCGGUAUCACUUUGGCAUGUGGGGAACACUACGAGUCAACGAGCUGAAGACUAUCUCUAACUCUACUCUGUACAGGGCCAGAUAUAUCCAGGAUCCCAAACCUCGCCUGGUGUUGUCUUUUGGUGAGGAAGAAUUUCUCGCCUUCUAUGGGUGCAGUGUCCAGCAGGUAGAUGCACCACUGUUAGAUAAUGAGAAUGAUGUCUUGCGAGACUCCUUCAACAUUGAGAAAUCCAGCAGUUUCCUGAGACAGGAGAAACCAGUGUGCCACCUGCUGCUGGACCAGAGACAGUUUGCAGGUGUGGGGAACAUUGUGAAGAAUGAGGCCCUGUAUUCUGCCAGGCUACACCCCAUGCAGCUGGGAAGCACCCUGUCAUCUGAAAAGAUCCUUGAACUUGUGGAGGCUGCGGGUAAUAUUGCCAAGAAGUGGGCUAAAGACGGGACUCCCUACUCACCACUGGCAGGACUGAACAUCUACUGCAAGAAGACAUGUCCUCUUGGCCACAAGGUGCAGAGAGAAAUGCUUGACCAUGGGGAGUUCACAAGGAUCACUUACUGGUGUUCAUGGUGUCAGCCCCUGCAGCCAACAGCUCCCUCUACUGAGUUUGCAGAGCAAGUGCAGGUAACAGAGACAUCAGGAGAGAAGAGUCCCAAAACAUGGCUUUCAGAGGGCUCAUCAAAAUGGCCUGUUGUCAUAUUGAAGGAGACAAGCCCUGGGUCUAAUUUAUAUGCCUAGAUGACGUGUGUAUACAUAUGACACAGUAUACAUGUACUAUCCUGAUGAAACUAUGCAUACAUAAUGGUGUUCACCAUUGAUGAAAAUAACUAUCCACCAGACUAGCAUACUAGUAUACUGAUGCCUAGUUAGCGAAUGAAAGAAGGCUAAGACGUUAACAAUAUGAAUGAGUAUUGCAUUAGUCUAUCCCAAGUGUUAUCCCUGAUGCUUUCAUUUUGUUACUGUAUAGGUUACAUGGAAGCAAGUAAAUCAGACUAGUUAAAAAAUUCAUUAAAAACUUUAUU